CCGCUUAAGUUCUGGGGUCUGUAGACGGGAGGCAUCUGGGCUUGAUCGACGCUCGUGUUCUGUCGUCGCAUCGGCUAAGGUGCCAUCCUCUGCUCGGCAAGGUGGUCUAGGUGACAUUGCAGUGAAGAGCCGCCGCUCCACGCUGUUGUUAACACUGGUUGGUUCGGAGCUUCUGCUGCGUCAAGCGGUGAUGCCAAGUCCGGCAUCAGCUGAUGUCCUUAAGGAUGCAUUGCGCGGCUUCACACGGCCCGACGUCAGCGUCCAGGAUGCCGUGGUAAUCCUGAUGGACGCUCGGAGCACGCUGCGCGAGAUACAGGGCAUCGCCGCCACGCCGCCGGACAGCGGGGAGCGCUUCCGCGCCCGCGCCUUCUGGCCCGCCUACGCCAAGCGGCUGCGUGCGGUGGCGGAGGCGGCCCCCGUGGUGGCGGGGGUGGUGACGGGCGCGGGGGACAGCGAGGAGACGCUGGGGGCCAUGUACGGCGGCAAGGCGCAGGGCGCAGGGGUUGCCGACACUGUGUAUGCGGGUCUGGGUCGGGUGCUCACCAUCAGCGGGCGGACCAUCCGACCGGAGGCUCAGGCGGGGCCGGAGGCGGCAGCGGGCGCGGAGGCGGCCAUUGAGGGGCUCCUUCUGCGGGUCCCUGCUCCGCUGCUGGAGGCGGCCGAGCAAUUCCGAGUGGAGAGGGCGCGCGCUGCGGGGCAGCGGUGAACGCUGGCCGGGCGGAACGUGUUAUAUAAUAGCCGGGCUAUAGGAAGAAAGCAGAGUGGGGGACUGCGAUUAUAUGUCAGGCAUUGGCACUUAUAGUAUGUGUGUUCAGUUGACUGAGCUGCAGGAUUGGCAGGGAACAUGAGUACCGUACCGGUGUAGUGGAGCUGUCAUACCGGUAGUCCUUGCAAUGGGGGGGUACCGGUUGGAACCGCAGAGUACAUACCCCAUGCUCCAAAUCGAAGGAGCUUUGGAUGGGAAUUCCGAACCUGCUUUCAGGAUUUUGCUGCCGUUGUCAUGGAAAGCGCUGUGGGUUUGCAGAGUCGGUGGUGCGGCAGGGGUAGAUGAGGAGGUCAGGGCCCCAAAGACUCUUUCACACAAAACUUCGGAACAUGCUCCCG